AUGAGACUUGAGUGUGAUCACUCUCCUAAAAUAUUCAUAAAGGGUGAACCUUUGCUUCUUGACAUUGAUAUUUGGAACACAACAUGGUAUCCAAAGGCUUCAGACCAUGUGAGCACGGACAAGCGUUGGUAUGUUGUCGAUGCAACAGACAAGAUUCUCAGUAGAUUAGCAUCAACCAUUGCUAAUCACAUCCGUGUGAAGAACCUUGCCUCUUACACUCCCAGUGUCGACAUGGGAGCCUUUGUCAUUGUGGUGAAUGCUGAGAAAGUUGCUGUGUCUGGAAAGAAAAGAAAGCAGAAGCUGUACAUGAGGCAUUCAUGA